UUGCCAUCUUCCCACGCCAUUACAAACCUCACGCCGUGUGGACUCACUGUAUGCCUCUUACGCUGUGACGAUGAAAUUCUUCGAGAACAUAUCUACCUAUGAGUACUCCUUUCCCGCCGUCUCGCUAGCCUAUUUCCUCCGGUACCCGAACCCCUACUCUCGCCAUGUCCUGACGACGGAUGUGAUUGAGCGCUACGUCGAUCCGCAGACGGGCCGGUUGCACACGACGCGGCUGCACCUGAAGAAGUCCAAGGUGCCUGCCGGGAUCCUCAAGCUGCUUCCCAAGGGGAUUGGCGGGUCCGACAGUUCCGGCCAAAGCUACAUUUUGGAGACGACUGUCGUUGACGCCCGCGAGGGCUGGAUGGAGACUGAGUCGCGCAAUAUGGAGUGGACGGGGAUUCUCAGCGUGGUGGAGAAGCAGCGGUACCAGCGCGAGGUGCUGGAGGGAGAGGGAACAACAACAACAGCAGCCCAGGGGGCCGACGAACGGACCAACGUCAAGACGACGGUCACCUUCCGUUCUCGGUUUGGACAGGGUAAGUUGCUGGGAGGGCGGAGCCGGUCGGAGACGGCCACGCCGUCUUCCAAGGCGGAGGACGAAGCUCCGAAGCGCGGGUUCUUCGCUUCGCUGUCCACGGCCGGCGUGCAGCGCACGAUCGAGCUCAUCGGGCUCAACCGGACCCGCGAUGCCAUUCUCUCCAGCAAAAAGGGGAUGAAUAUCGUUCUGGAGCGCCUGCGUCACGGUGGGAUUGUUGGUGUGCUGGAGGGCAUGCGUCAGGACCGCGAGGCGGCGUUCGGUCCCGACGGUCCCUGGAAACGGGUCUGGCUGCACGGCAGCGGCAGUCAUGCGGAGGAAGACGACGGCUGAUUGGAGUCAGUCUAACCUCUGCCACUCAUUUGUAUCUUCUUCUUCUUCUUCUCCCUUGGGAAUCGCCUCUCGUCUGCAUAUUUCGAUCAGGGUUUGAUUCUGCAUUCAGCAUGGAGCUCAGGCGUUGUGUUUGUGUUUUUCUCCUUUUCUCUUUUUGUGUGUGUGAGUGUGUCUUGGAUGAAAACUCUCCUUUCUUCUUCCUGUGGAGUCUGAAAACAGGACUUCUCUUCGAUAUGUAUUUGAACCCACGAAAGAAAAGCCGGGUGUAUAUUAUAGGGAAAAUGGAGGUGGUGGCUUCACUACCACCAUGUACAAUACAAUUACUUACAAUUAAGAUCCAGAC